CAGCUGACAUUAGUCUGUGUCUGUUUUCUUUAGGGGAUCAUCUUGGCUGGCACUGAGGAGCAGAAGGCCAAAUACUUACCUAAACUGGCGUCUGGGGAGCACAUUGCAGCCUUCUGCCUCACCGAGCCAGCCAGUGGGAGUGAUGCAGCCUCAAUCCAGAGCAGAGCCAGGCUAAGUGAAGACAGGAAGCACUACAUCCUCAACGGCUCCAAGGUCUGGAUUACCAAUGGAGGACUGGCCAAUAUUUUUACUGUGUUUGCAAAGACUGAGGUCGUUGAUUCUGAUGGAUCAGUGAAAGACAAAAUCACAGCAUUCAUAGUAGAAAGAGACUUUGGUGGAGUCACUAAUGGGAAACCUGAAGAUAAGUUAGGCAUUCGGGGUUCCAACACCUGCGAAGUCCAUUUUGAAGACACCAAGGUACCUGUGGAAAAUGUCCUUGGAGUGGUCGGAGGUGGGUUUAAGGUGGCCAUGGACAUCCUCAACAGCGGCCGGUUCAGUAUGGGCAGUGCUGUAGCUGGGAUGCUCAAGAGAUUGAUUGGUAGAAAUGGCUGCUGAGUACGCCUGCACAAGGAAACAGUUUAACAAGAGACUCAGCGAAUUUGGAUUGAUUCAGGAGAAGCUUGCACUGAUGGCUCAGAAGGCUUACGCCAUAGAGAGUAUGACCUACCUCACGGCAGGGAUGCUAGACCAACCGGGCUUUCCCGACUGCUCCAUCGAGGCAGCCAUGGUGAAGGUGUUCAGCUCUGAGGCUGCUUGGCAGUGUGUGAAUGAGGCGCUGCAGAUCUUCGGGGGCUUGAGCUACAUGAGGGACUAUCCGUACGAGCGCAUACUGCGUGACACCCGCAUCCUCCUCAUCUUCGAGGGAACCAACGAGAUUCUCCGGAUGUACAUCGCCCUGACGGGUCUGCAGUAUGCCGGCCGCAUCAUAACCGCCAGGAUCCAUGAGCUUAAACGGGCCACUGUGACCACAGUCAUGGAGACUGUUGGCCGGAGGCUUUGGGACUUCACGGGCAGAACGGUGGACAUGGAGCUGACAGGCAAACUUGGAGUCAUACACCCCAGUCUUGAGGAUAGUGCCACCAAGUUAGAGGAGAACACCUACUACUUCGGCCGGACCGUGGAGACGCUGCUGCUCCGCUUUGGCAAGACCAUCGGGGAGGAGCAGCUGGUGCUGAAGCGUGUGGCCAACAUUCUCAUCAACCUGUAUGGCAUGACGGCUGUGCUGUCGCGGGCCAGCCGCUCCAUCCGCAUCGGGCUCCGUAACCACGACCACGAGGCUCUCUUGGCCAGCACCUUCUGCACGGAAGCUUACUUCCAGAAUCUCUUCAGCCUCACUCAGCUGGACAAGUAUGCUCCAGAAAACACAGAUGAGCAGAUUAAGAAAAUGUCCCAGCAGAUCCUUGAGAAACGAACCUAUAUCUGUGCCCACCCUCUGGACAGGACAUACUGAGGCAGGGAAUAGUGUCCACUGCCACCGCCUGCCCCCAGCUGUGGCCCGUUGCUGGAUGACUGUCACUACUUUUUCAGAAGGUGGAGAACUUGGGCUUAUCACAGGUUGAGCCAUUUGUUCCCAGUCUGCACCUGAAGGGUUGUCUCCUGGCAUGGGGGAGCCUCUUCCAGGUUUUAACCUGCGUGCAGUGCUAACAGGACCAUCACAGCCUCUGAACUGAGCCAGACAGAAAGAAUGGAAUUGCUGACCUCUGGAAUUGGCGGGUAUUCUGGUCAUUGAGGAGACACCACAGUGGAAACCGGGGCUUGUGCUGCUGCCUCCAGGGCGAGACGGGUGGGGACCUGAUAUCAGGUGGGAAUAGCCAUUUCUGCUCAACCACACAUUCUCUAGGAAAUAGCUUGAAAGCUGCGUCUGGGUCCUUCAUUUAAACUAGAAGCAGAGGCACUUAAAACAUACCAGGAACCAUUUAACAAAGAAGAAUAGAAAACGUCACAAUCUGUGUACUCUUAGCCUUUGCUGUACUCAUCACACUGUUCCUCAGAACCAGCCUUCAAUGGGUGACAACAGGACCCUGAGAACCACCCUUUGGUGAUGGCUUCAGGUCCGCUUUGUCCUCACCCUGCAAGGAAGGCCCAGAAUGCUAAGGAGCAGGCACAUGGGGCAGGCUGCAGUGCCUUAUGGUUACGAGCCUUUAGUUUUUCUUAGGAGAUGAGGAGGCUGCCUUAGCUGAUGUUGCUACCUAGGGACUUUUUUUUUUUUUUUUUUUACAAGAACUGGCCUCCACUCUCAAGAGGAUGCGUGGUAUCUCCAGGCUGCCCCAGCAAGCCUUUGCAUUUCUCCAGCCUCCAUCCUGCUGGUACUUGUGAGAUAUGCCAAGUCCCAGGCAUGCUCACUGUGGCAAACUUCAAGCUUUGGUGUGGUCCUUGGGUGGUCUGGAGCUCUAAAAUACCUAUAGUGGACAUUCCCUUGAUCACAGAGGAGGUAGCUAGCUCUUUUUCUUCCAAGUAUAUUCCUAAUUUGCUGUGAUGCUGGAAAUAGGCAAGGAGGAGACUGGGAACUUGGAGAGCUGAGCUGGCCUGAGCAUUCUUGCCAGGGCUUUGGUAACUAGUUUUUAAAAUGGGAAAGUUUAUAAAUAUUGUGAUCUUGUAAAUAACCUCAGUGAAACCUGAAGAUCUGUUUUGUUAAUGAUGACAAGGAAGCAUUUUGCACAAAAUUAAGCAUCCAUACCUCUGGA